UUUUAUGCCUUCUGGAAAAGCUGAUAAAAUGGCAACUGUUCUGAUUUAAACAUCAUUAGUUACUGUUCAAUAAACAUUUAUUGCUAGGCUAUAUAACAGGAGCAUAAGGAAGAAGGAGGGAUAUUAUAAGCCCCGUGUCAUCUCUGAGUUUUCAGUAAUAUGCUUGUCAUUUGAAGAAAAGAGUCUUUUUAAACUAGUUGUUUGCCUGUAAAAUGGGAAGAAAACGUUGUAAUUUUUCAUCCACGGAAGUGCUGCUCACCACACUUGUUGCUUUGCUGUUUGCUGUUUGUGUUGGACUAAUUGUUGUCACUUCGCUCGCACUAGACAACAAAGCAACAAAUGGUGAAGAUGAAGAAGAAACUGACUCAGAGUUCACUGGGAAACUUGUUAUCUCUAAUGGAACAGUUUUUACUGAGGAGCUCCUGAAUAAAAACAGCGCGCAGUUUAAGGCUCUGGCAUAUGACACUGAGCAGAUGAUCAGUGACGCCUACCAUCGCUCUUCCCUUAAGGAGCAGUUCAGAAGUUCCAAGGUCAAUGAAUUCAGUGAAGGCAGUGUGGUUGUGGACUUUGAUGUCCUCUUUCGUGGUGUUCUGGAUUCUGAGACGGCACAGAAACAGUUAGUUGAUGGUUUACAGCUGGGUGAAAGUGGAAAUGAUGGACUUGUAAUUGACAUCGGCAGUGUGGAGGUCACAGAUAAACCAACAACCACCCAGAGACCAUCUACAACAAAACCAGUGGACUGUCCAGAUGAACAGAAACUAUGUGCUGAUGGGAAAAUGUGCAUUCCUCGAACUGACUUCUGUGAUGGAAUACAAAACUGUCCUGAUGACUCAGAUGAGAAGCCGAUUGUCUGUGCAACAGAGUGUGAUGGACAGUUUCUCUUGCUUGGUUCAUCCGGAUCCUUCCACUCGAAAAACUUUUCAGAUGAUGGACACGCAGCCUGCCGUUGGAUAAUUCGGGUCACUGAGGGAUUGGCCAUAAAACUAAUAUUUCAUACUUUCGAUAUGGAACAAGAUAUUGAUUAUCUGACGCUAUAUGAAGGCAUCGGCUCUACGAAAACAAUAGCAUACUUUCUGUCAGGCACAUUUCCCGGAGACCUCUGGCUUUUAUCUCAUGAAGCAACUGCAGAAUUUAACUCUCAAACUGGGAACCGUCAAGGCUUCAACGCUACGUACAUGGCAGUCAACAUCAGUGAUUUUUCUAAUGAAGAGAAGAUAAAUUGUUCCUUUGAAGAGGACUUCUGUCUCUGGAGGAAAGAACUUAAUGACGAUGGCGAGUGGAUACGGGCACAAGGCGAGACUCCUCCAUCAGACACUGGCCCAAGCUUUGAUCACACAACAGGCAAUCAAUCAGGGUACUACAUUGUGACCCCUCGGACUUCUGGAAAUUGGGAAAGAAAAUUUCGUCUCUACAGUCUUCCUCUGACUCCUACAAAGGAAUCGAUGUGUCUGCAGUUCUGGUAUCAUAUGUUUGGGGAGCAUGUUAGACGUCUGACGGUCACGAGUGAGGAAAGGUCAACCACCACUGUCCUCUUUCAGAAAGAAGGGAACUAUGGUGACAACUGGAACUACGGUCAAGCCACACUAAACAUCUCUGCAGAUACUGUGGUGGUCUUUGAAGCUCAGAAGUCAUCAGGAAUUCUGAAUGAUAUUGCCUUGGAUGACAUCAGCAUAGUGCCUGGUUCCUGUGAACAGAUUCCUCCUGACCCGACUCCGGUCCCCCCUCCAGUCAAUCCACCAGAAGAUUGUGGGGGACCCUUUGACCUGUAUGAAUCAAACUCGACGUUCAACUCUCCAAACUACCCAGAUGGUUACGGACACAAUGCUUCAUGUAUGUGGACUUUACAUGCUAAGGAAGGGCAGAACAUCCAACUACAUUUUCAAGAUGUUGCUUUAGAGGCUAGUUAUGACGUUUUGGAAAUUCGAGAUGGAGUAGAGCCCUAUUCUGAUUUACUAGGUGUCCUAACUGGGGAACGCUCCUUUCCGGAUCUUUUUUCUACAACCUCUCAGAUGACUGUCAUGUUAUUCACUGAUACAAAAACGAACAACAGAGGCUUUCUAGCCAACUUCAGCACAGGCAUUAACCUUGGGCAAGCUGAUCCUUGCCCCUCUGGACAGUUUCAGUGUGGUGCAGGAGUGUGUGUGUCCAAUUCCAGUGUGUGUGAUGGGGUAGAAGACUGCCCUGAUGGCUCUGAUGAAGCUGAUUGUGUGCAUAUAAUAAAAGAAAACACCACUGGAACUGAACGACUGAAACUUCGAAUCCAGAAUAAUUUAUACACAGUGUGUGCUCAAGACUGGACCUCUCAGUUUUCUGACUUCUUCUGCCGCUAUUUGGGCUACAGGUCAGGAGUUGCUACAUUCUCCAUCAUUGUGGAAGGAGAUGGUCCAUUUACUACUGUAAACGUGAACUCUAAUGGCUCACUGGAAUUGAAACCCAGUGACAAGUGUCUCAGUGAGAAGAUCGUUUCACUGCACUGCAACAAUCAACCAUGUGGUGUUCGUAAAGUACCUUCAAAAAGCGAGACCAUUGAGGAAACGGACGGAAAUAAACAAGGCAGAGUAGUAGGAGGACAGGAUGCCCAGAGAGGAGCCUGGCCAUGGAUAGUGUCUCUGCAGUGGCUUGGUGGACAUGCAUGCGGAGCCACACUGAUUGACAGGGAAUGGUUAAUUACAGCCGCACACUGUGUCUAUGGGAAAAAUGUUCAGCUGUCGAACUGGGCGGCUGUGUUGGGCCUUCAUGCUCAGUUUGAGACGAUUAACCCCAACAAACAAGUCCUUUCAGUGGAUCGAGUUAUCAUGCACAAGCACUAUAACAAGAGGACAAAGGAAUCUGACUUUGCUCUGAUGCAUCUAAAGACACCUGUCAGCUACACAGAUUAUGUUCAACCUAUCUGCCUACCAGAUCCCGGAGCACACUUUGAAGAAGGGAGAAAGUGUUUUAUUGCUGGUUGGGGAUUACUGUCUGAAAGCGGUUCAAAAGCUGAUGUGUUACAACAGGCUGUCGUGCCUUUGUUGAGCAACAAACAGUGUCAGGAAUGGCUGCCUGAAUACAACUUUACAGAGCGCAUGAUGUGUGCCGGGUAUGCUGAGGGUGGAGUGGACACCUGCCAGGGGGAUUCUGGCGGUCCGCUGAUGUGUGAAGAGGAAGGCCAUUGGGUUCUUGUGGGCGCAACGUCUUUUGGUAUCGGUUGUGGACGACCUCAGCGGCCUGGAGCAUAUGCUCGUGUCAGUCAGUUUGUUGACUGGGUAGCAGAGAACCGACGGCUGUAUUCAGACUGGAAAGGGUCAUAAUUAAGUGUGCAGUGAUGUAAAUUGUUUUCUUGAUUUCCAUGGCCUUCUAGACACCCUCAACCUUUACCUUACCUUUUGUAACUUUACUAAAAAUGUGAGUGAUGGAGGAAAACGUAUUUGUUAGUAACCAAAUGGGCACCUUGAUGUCAAAACAACUUCAAAAAACACAUCAAAAAUGAGAAUCGAUUUGAUGUCAGUUGACUAUCUUGAUGUAAAAACAAUAUAGAAUUUACAUCUUCACAUUGACAUCAACAAACACUUUGACAAAAUGUAACAUUGUUUUGACACCAAUGUUAGAUGUCUAUUUGAUGUUGUUUUAACAUCAAAGUUGUUUACAAGCAUUAUAUGGAUAGAAAAUCCAGUGUAAAUUUGUAAUGGAAGCUUUCAGAUGAAUAAAACAUUUCUUAUAAUACUUUUUGUGUUUUUAUUUUGGUGGUCAAAAGGGCAUCAGUCUGUGGAUGUUAAAUAGACGUCAUAGUUUUAACAUUUUAAAUUUGCAUUUUUAACUUUUUUUUCUCCAUGUCGAUGUGAAUUUGAUGUUAUUUUGACAUCAAGGUACCCGCUGGGAUUUAGUCAGUAAUCACACUGCUAAAAUGAUAUUGAUAGCUCAAUUGCUAAUUCUUAAAUAAUAAAACAACAACGUUAUUUUAUAGAUACAAUGUUGAAGUUUAUUAAUGUUGAAGGAAUAUUAAUUUGCUUAGUAAAUAAAAGACUUUAUUUCUUGUAAUGUUUGAGAAGUUUGUUGUGUUGGAAUAAAAAAAAGCGAAUUCACUUUAACAUUUCUCAUAAAAAGUAUCUAUUCUGAUUGAUUUUUGACGUUUUUUGUCAACAAUGUUAAAUGUUUAUUUAUUCAAGGUGGUUUACAAGCAUUAGGGAUACAAAAUUCAGUGUAAGCUUUUAA